GAUGUAAACAAACAGAGGCAGCGCGGCCAUUACAGAAGACGAAGAAGAAGAAGGAGAAUUAAACACAGAGCUGACCGUUUGGUUCUGCCGCCGUCGAACAAAUCGUUUUGUGAGGUGGUGACCGGUAACCGUCUGUCUGUGUCUGCGGAGAGGGAAAUGAAAGACCCGAGUCUGAGCAACACUUGCCCGAACAUGACGAUCAGUAACGAGGUCAUCCUGCAGAGCAGCCAGCUCGCCGCGGACGAGAACCCGUUCGCCGAGUAUAUGUGGAUGGAGAACGAGGAAGAGUUCAACCGCCAGGUGGAGGAGGAGCUGUGGGAGGAGGAGUUCAUCGAGCGUUGUUUCCAGGAGAUGCUGGAUGAGGAGGAGGAGUGGGAGUGGUUCAUCCCGUCCAGAGACCUCCCGUCUCUGCAGGAGCAGCUCGGCCUGCUGGGGCUCGACGCAGACGCGGACUUCGACGUCGUGAUCAACAGCAGUCUGAACCCCAACGCCAAGGAGUUCACCCCGGGCAUCCAGGAGCACGUCAUGUGACCCCGCCGGGCCCCGCUGCUGCCGCCGCCGCCGCCACCGCUCCAGUCCGCACUGUGACAUCAUCAACAAGAUGUCUGCCGUAUUUUCCAGAUGCCACUCGACCUUCAGCCUGACGUGUUGCCAAAGUUCUGCGUGUUCUCGCCUCGCAUGUUCUGUUCAAGUUCAGAGUUCUGAUCAUCCUGCAAACCACCGACUGUUUCUGUUACUGCGUGUGUGUGUGUCUGUGUGUGUGUGUGUGCAUGUGUGUGUGUGUGUGUGUG